AUGGAAAGCCAAUGUGAAUUUUUAGGUCAUUGGUUAUACUGUGUUGCAUACGCAGUAAUUUUCAAGCGAAUGUUUUAUCUCUGCUACUCAAUAUCUCAAACAUUGAUGUCAACUUCGGCCAAUACACCUAGAGAGGAGACGUUAGACGAGAUAUGA